UUCAAUCCUUAAUCACAAUUCUCUCUCGUAUGUGAUGAGUUGGAACCAUGUCAAGAUCCAACGAUGAAUGGCUGCAAUUCUACCAAAACAACCAACCGGCAACCAUGCAAAGCAGCUGGUCCGGUGACGCUGCCCCGGUGGUCACCGCCACAAACACCGGUGUCUCUAAUCAGCUCAGCAGGGUAACACGACCCACUAACACCAACAACCGUAGACGGUCAAGGGCUUCCAGGAAAACGCCGACCACCUUACUCAACACCGACACCAGCAACUUCCGUGCCAUGGUUCAACAAUUCACUGGUGGUGGCAACGUUGGUGCUGCUCCCUUGCCAUCACACGAUCACUCCUCCUCUGUAACUGCUACUCAUCAUUCUUUGAACACUUACAGCACUACUUCAUCUAACAUCAAUGAUGGGGUCGCAUCAAGUAGUCCAGUAGGAGGGCUGUUCCCUCAUGAUGGCCGUAACGUGCAGUACCGGCAACAACAUAGCCGACAGCCAUAUUUCACGAUGACGGUGGACGACGGUGGAAGUAGCACCGGUUAUGAUGGCGAUGAUCAAAAUCUGGGGUACGGACAGAGAGGGCCUUAUAGUUAUAAUUGGUAAAGAGAAGAACAUGGUUCUCAAGUUGUCAUCUAAGAAUAAGAAUUAUGGGUUUUAAUUGGCUCUCAUGAUAGCUACUAAACUCGUAGGCUUUAAUUAAAAUCUAUGUUAUAUACAUUUAAAUAAGACAAAUGUCUACCUUGUUAACUUAGUUCUUGGCUUUCAUAUUAUAUAAUUAGAUAGAGCAAAUCCAGGAAUGUAAAUUUCUUAUGUAUUGUUCAUUUGCAUCUUGUUUGGAUAGAAGUUAAGAUGAUAAUAUUCAUCUUUGU